UUUAGCGUGAUCGUGGUCGUGCACCUGUGAUGACAGCACGUGCUACAGCUGAGUGGCGGGUCUCUUUCUUGGAAAAGUGAACGGGAAGACCAGUGACGGUGAAGGAAUGUUCGGGCUUUGAGACUAGUAACACCUGUGUAGAGUGAGUGACCAGCCGCGAGACCAGCAAGCACGUGCACGAAGGGAUACCAUCUGAUGAGCCACCAGCAAAGCUGUUGAGGAUAGGGAAAAUGAACGGCGCACGACUCUUCUAAAUGGUAAUUGAAAAAAGUACAAAUUACAAAUAAUCGCCGGCCAGGUUUCUCCUGCAUCUUCUUGCGACGUUCAACUUCUAACGACGAUUUCACCGCGGAUGGAUACCCGUUACCUGGUGAAACGUCUUCAUCACGACUGGGUACGGCUCGUAACGGUGGGAUCACGAGUCCUUUGAUGUGCGCCGCGGUCGCGCGACAAGCUGGAUUUUUAAUUCGUCGAACCGGUCAACUUGCACGGGACACAACGACGGCGUAUCUCGAUUUAAUUAUCAACCAGCUAUCCGCUUGUCCGCCCGGUCGAUUUCGACGAAUUCGCUUGUUCGACGGCCAACGCGGUGACUUUCACCUCCGCCAGAUUGAGAGGUAGCCGCGGGACCGUUCACAGAAUGCUGACAGCUGCCGUUUACAUAAUUUAAAUAGAUGUUACAGACCGUCCAGGAUGGACAUGAUCGGGUACAAUCACCACGACGAGGCCGCGAGCGUCGAGAACAGCAUCGACGACGACGGUGACCUCGAGGGCCAGAACGAGGACGAAGAGGAAGAGAUUCUAUCGUUCGUCGACAUAGAUCGGCGGCCGCUGACGAUAGAUCAGCUGACCGGUGCCAGUGGCGACAAGAGAUGCAAGAUGCCAUUCAGGAGAAGCCUGUUCUCAAACGUGCCGCCGUACCUCGCGUUCCAGUCGUUCGACUGCAAGGGCCCAUUACUGCCGUACGAAGUAACCAAACACCUGAAGUGGCGUUUGAGCACGAUCACACCAUUAAUCGUACGUCGUACCUUGGUCAACUCAGGUUUUCGGUUGAUGAAGAAGUGCCAGGAGUGGUGCGGCACCUGGGGCAAGCACAUGAAGUCGAUGUGCUUCCGGGCGCUGAAGGACUCGCAGAAGAUCAACCAUUUCCCGGGCACCUUCCAGAUCGGCCGCAAGGAUUGCCUCUGGUUGAACCUGAGCAGGAUGAUGGUCAAGCACGAGGUGAAAGAGUUCGGUUUCGUCCCGCGGACGUACGUGUUGCCACGCGAUUUGAGUUGUUUCCGGCAAGUGUGGAAGAAGCUCGGUAGCAAGGCGAAGUGGAUCGUGAAACCGCCGGCGUCGGCACGAGGCACCGGUAUAAAGGUGGUCCACCGUUGGUCCCAAAUACCAAAGAAACGCGCGGUGAUCGUGCAACAGUAUCUGUCCAGACCGAGAUUGAUCAGCGGCGCUAAAUUCGAUCUGCGUCUCUACGUGCUGGUCACCAGCUUCAACCCGUUGAAGAUCUACAUUUACCCGGACGGGCUGGUCCGGUUCGCGUCGGUCAAAUACAACGACGACAUCAACUACCUCAGUGAUCGAUUCAUGCACCUGACCAAUUACAGCAUCAACAAGACCAAUUCCACGUACACCAGCAACGACUGCGUGGACUCGUGCACGGGUCACAAGUGGGCGCUUAAGACUCUUUGGACGUAUCUCGAAAAAGAAGAUGUGAACGUUCCCAAAUUGUGGGCCAACAUGAAGGACAUUGUCGUGAAAACUAUGAUAGCUGGGGAAUCGUCUAUCACAUCUUUGACCAGAGCCAACACCUCCUCGCGAUAUUGUUGUUACGAACUGUUCGGCUUCGACAUUCUCCUGGACGAGAAUUUGAAGCCUUGGUUGCUGGAGGUGAACAUUUCCCCGUCGUUGCAGUCUUCCUCGCCACUGGACACCGCCAUCAAGGGGCCACUGAUUAAAUCUGUAUUCAACAUAGCCGGAUAUCAACUGCCAAACACUUUAUCUACUGAGGAGGCUGGGAAAUUGGCACAGAAAUACCAAUUGGACAUGGUAUCCCAGGAUUACAGGCUGCAUAGAUCUACGCUGACUUACGUGGAGCGUCAGAAACAAUCGUUGUACUCGAAUCUGAGACUGCGCGAGGAUUAUGUGAACGAUAUAAUAAAGGAUCUCACGCCGGACGACGUUCGACACUUGAUUGCGUACGAGGACGAGCUGACGCAAUUGGACAGGUUCGAGAAGAUCUUCCCCACUGCCACCAGCUACGAGUACCUGCAAUACUUCGACGUACCGAGGUACUACAACAUGCUGUUCGACGCGUGGGAGACGAAGUACGCGGACAAUAGAUCGAUCGGGAUCAUAAGAUUGCAAAAACUGUGCCGGCAGAAGUACCAUCUGGAGCAGCAAAUGGUCUAUUAGGUGACUGUGUUCUCCUUCUUCUUUUUUUUUAACCGGUUACCGUUUUAAGGAAACGCGUCGUUGAGAUGAAUUUGAACAUAAACGAGGAAAAUACAUUUCUUCUCCAUUUUUUUUUACAUACUAUAUUGUACACUGUAUAUCACCGUGUUGUAUAUGAACGAUCAUAUAAGGAUGUCAAAUAGAUGUUCGCGUCAGGUGCCUUUCCCACGGUUGUGCAAAUUUACUUUAAUGUAUGGAAUUUUGUGUCUUAAUAAAAUUAACACAUUACAACGAUUGAAA